CAUAAAUAUUGACGGGGGAGCGGCAGAAGUUUGUUUUCGAUAAUUUAAAGCGAUAAAAAUACAAGAUGGAUUUAAAUUUCUCGGCUUUUCAGGAACCCAGAGGGGUAAUGAGAAUUUUACAUUUUGUAUUUUCAAUUUGUGCAUUUGCCACUAUCACAGGAUUUUCCGGAUUUGUAGCUAUCAAAUGUCCAAAUGAUAAUGAAUUUACCUAUGACUACAGCUAUCCAUAUAAUUUCCAAUUAAACUUAACCGAAAAAGCCAAAUGUCAAGUGACUGUCGAAGGUGAUUUUUCAUCAGAUGCUCAAUUUUUUGUUGCCACUGGAGUACUAGCAAUGCUAUACUCAAUUGCUAUAAUGGCUAUAUAUGUUAAAUUCGAUGAGACCUACAAAUCAAACAACCAAUGGCCUUUAUACGAUUUUAUCAUGACUGUUAUAUUUGGGGUUUUAUGGUUAUCAAGCAGUGCAGCCUGGGCUAAUAGUUUAUUGGGCUUGAAAAAUAUUGUUGACAGUCCUUUCUACAACUGUAAAGGCUGUGUUGCUACUCCAGGUAGCUAUUCUUCGUUAAAUAUAUCUGUGGUGUUUGGUUUUUUGAAUUUCUUCUUGUGGGCAGCUGAUUUAUGGUUUUUGUACAAGGAGACAGCCUGGUUCCAAGGGAAUCCCCAUCAAACCGAUGGUGGAAAUUAAAUGAUGAGAUUAGAUCAGUAAUUCAUUUUUUAUUUUGAUUACUAGUCAUAUCACUUGCUGUUUAUUUUAACAGCGUGUUAUUUAUUAUAUAAAAUCGUGUUUUAAGCUAUUCUCAUGACAAUAUUACUUUUGCACAACUAAACUUAAAUGUUAAAAUACGAUUUUAUGUUUUUUGCUUAUCUUUUUUGGGGAUUAUUGUUAUAGUAAAAACUGGAAUAUUAUGUUCCAUUAGAAGCACAAGAAAUUAAAAAAUGUUAGAUUAAUAAAUACAUACAAUGUCACUGACUAGAAACUAGGGCAUUAGAAUUUUAUUUUUUUGAUUUAAUCCAUCCAUUUUUACAUAUUUUUUAUAUAUA